UGUGGGCGGCUCAAAAUACGCCAACUGAAGUAACACUGAAAUGCAUUUUCUCUUUGUAAACAAACAAAAAAAAUUUGACAUUUCGGGUUCGUUGAUGGAAAUGAAUUGAUAGUGAAUAGUUUCAAAGAGACUUCAAUUCUUGAUAUCUAGAAGAAGCGAGUUAACGUAAUUGUCAGCUGCAUUAUGCCAACAUUUUCGAAAGGAUAUGGGUUGUCAAUGACUUAACUAUGAUUAUAACUUUUAAAAUUACUUUAUGUGCCUAUCGUAGUUUUUAUCACGUAAGUUGAUGGGUAACCAGCUGUCAGGAAUCGCUAUCAUCCUUUUCAUUGGUUUGGGAAGUUUGACUUUCAUUCUCCUAUUUAUAUUUGCUAAACGUCAAAUUACAAGGUUUGCUUUGAAAAACCGACAUAGGCCUCAUUAUCCAAUUGGUGCUGGAUCAUCUAAGUCUUUAUGUAAAGAAAUAGAAAGAAGAUUGGAUGUUAUUGAUUAUAUCAGAUGUGAACCUACUCAGUUAAGUGCCAACAUGAAAUUGCUGUUUGAAGAUGAAAAUUUAGUUUCUAAUCUUUCACCUCCACAUAUUUAUCGCAUGAAAGUUGUGGAUGACGUACAUGAAUUAUGUAAAUUUCUGAAAGCUGAAAAUAUUACAAGAUCACGCCAUAUUCUGGAAGAUGUCAUGCAGUAUUUUGUGAGGUUGCACAAAAAUAAUCUCUUCCGUAACUUAAGCAUACAAGUUUUAUAUAAAUUUCUACAAUUGUAUGAGCAUGCCAGAUAUCAACCAGAAGAAUUCACAUAUGACCAUUAUUGCCAAUUUUCUGAACUUCUGCAAAUCAUUAAAGAUGAUGUCACUCGAACCCCCAAGAAGUCGGAAAAGCCUGUUAACAUAUCAAAAGCCGCAAAUUCUGAUGAAGUGGAACAAGUGGAUGAAAGUUCAAAACCUCUCCUCAUCAAAUCUUAUUCUUCUGUCAACAACCAUUGUAGUAGCAGAAAAAUUACCCACGAAACUACUGUUUAGCUUCAUUAUUUUUCAUAUACUUUUGUACAGUUUAUAUAAAAAUAUAUUUUUGCAGCAUUCGCA